AUGAAUAAGGUUCAAUAUCAUCAAAGAAUAAUUAAACAAUUAUAUCUCGCUUACGCACCUCAAAUCAGUUCACUGUUCGUCCGAAAUUAUUGUAUAGAAGGAAAAUCGGGUGAAACUAUAACAAAUGCGAAGGAACAAGAUAGUAGUGACGAAGAUCCAGAAAGUAUUAAUUCUAAACAAAUUUGUCAAUCGAUUGAAAAUAUUGAAACUGAGAAGAAUUUAGCGAAUCCAAGACGCAGUACUUUCACUUCGUUACUUCGACAUUCGAAAUUUAUAGAUCUAGGAGAUCCUGAAGAUAAAGUAGUAUUGGGAGAAAUUUUUCAGAUUGUUAAUAAUGACUUAUACAUUGACUUUGGAUGGAAAUUUCAUUGUGUUUGCCCAAGGCCUCAAAAAAAUUUUAUUCAAUAUAUCAGAGGUGCAAAGGUUAAAUUGUUAAUAAAGAAUUUAGAAUUGUCUUCGCGGUUUUUAGGAGCAUCUACCGAUUUAACACUCUUAGAAGCAGAUUGCGUUCUUCUUGGUUUAGCACAAUCCCCAUCGAAAAUACGGUAGAACUAGAAUAAUUAUGUUUAUUUUGUACAAUAAUAGAUCAUAAAUAAAUAAAAGAAUGCUUCUUUUGACCAUC